AUGACCGCCACAGAGAUGUCGCAGCACCUUUGUAGUCUCUUAACGCACCUCUCCCAAAAUCCCUACCCUCACGUCCCGAACCCCGAAAGCUGCAAGAAACGCGCCUCAGUCGCCGUCGUUCUACGCAUCCGGCCCAGCUACGGACAUUGGCCUUCUGCCACCGAACCAGUUUCCCUCGAUCCCAGCCAGCCUCUCGCAGGGCAGCUCGAGAACUUCUUCGCGCAGCCGUGGGUCCAGAAUGGUGAUGCCGAAGUCGUUUUUAUAAAGAGGGCCACGCGGGUCGGUGAUCGAUGGACCGGGCAUGUGGCACUGCCGGGAGGGAAACGCGACCCUGAAGACGAGAGUGAUAAAGCGACGGCGAUACGGGAGACGUCGGAGGAGAUCGGGUUAGAUUUGACGUCCGCGGACGCUUUGUUUGUGGGGAAUCUACCGGAGAGAGUCGUCAGUACUUCCUGGGGAAAGGUCCCUAUCAUGGUCCUUUGCCCUUUUGUAUUUCUCUACACGACACCCGAUAUCCCGCCGUUAAAGCUACAGCCUACGGAGGUAGCUGCCGCGCACUGGGUUCCUCUUCGAGUCCUCCUCUCUCCCUCAGUUCGCACAUACGAAUACGUGGAUACAUCCGAUCGCUUUGCGCGGCAAGGAGGGUUUCUAGUGCGGUCUAUAAUACGCUCGUUAUUAGGAAGAAUGCGCUUCUCGGCCAUUAGGUUGAUACCGUCGGAAUCUUUACAUUGUAGCUCAAGCGCGGAGUUCUUUCCUGAAGUAGCGCAUGCAGAGAUGGAGCCCUCGCUGCCCAGUAAGCUUUUCAGGCUGUGUGUUGGGGAGCAUGCAGCUUCUUCGGAAAAGACAAGACCAUUGUUGCUUUGGGGUCUCACCCUGGGCAUAAUGGCUGAUUUCCUGGAUCAGCUGCCUCCCCACAAUGCGGUUAAGCUUUGGUCUUAUCCUACAUUCACAACUUUAGAUACACGGUUCUUUAUCAACGUGUUUACAGCCGGUCUCAAGAAGAGAAAUCAGGCCCGGCUGCAGAGCGGAAAUCAAACCGCAAUGGACAGUGAGACGGAAGCCGUUGCCACUUCUCAAGGCAAUGAGGAUAGUCUCGGUGAUGGGACGAAAAGAAAUAAUGCGUCAAGGUCGUAUGCUAUGGGUACCAUGUUAGAGGGCUAUUACGACCUUGCUCGAAGGGGUGUCUGGGCUGCUAUCGCGGCUCGAUUGUUGGGAUCUCUUGCGCUCAUACUAUACAUCGUUCGGCGGUUCAGACGACGGUGA